UAUAAGUGUGUAAGUGUGCGUACACCCUCCUAGACGAAUGUUUGUGUGUCGACGUACUUCCUCGUGGAAAGAGAGGGAGAAUAUAUGUGAAUCGGUGUGAAUCUUUAUGUGUGUGUGUGUGUGCAUCCGCGGACCCUCUGCGCGCUUCCAUCGUCACAGGGGGUGGAUCGGAAACGCGCAUGCUCCCACGGCCGAGAAUCUCCCCAGUCAGGUUAAAUCUGCCACCGAAACAAGACGUGCGUGCGUGCCGUUAUGCUAUAUACAAUGUCGCGUACGCGAACGAUCCCCGUGACGAUUUCUUAAAAUAGCGCCGCGUAUAACAGCCCGCGAGACCAAGUAUCGACAUGGAAAACCGCGACGGUUGGAUUUCCGAGUUGUUUAUCGAAACGUAAAGUCGGAGCGCAGAGGGAGGCCGAGAAACAGAAAUAAAAAAGAAGCUCAGGAGACCGCAUGAUCCGACAAACGUUCUUCGAUCGACAAAUUAUUAAAGAGUGCUUUGAUGUAAAAAAAGAAGGGUGUCGAUAAACGGAUGUCGUUAUGCGGUGAACGGAGAACUCUCCUGCGACCACGACCACUUCGGUUCGAACAAUUUCGAGCGGUGCGACGGAGCGAGGGUGAAGAAGAGACUGCGUUUCCGGAAUAAUUCUCGACUGUCAAGUGGCGCGCGAUCGAUCGAUCGCUCCAACGCGCGGCGUCGAUCGCCAAGAUCCCGUCGCUUCGGCCGAAAGCAGCUCGAGAUAGUUCUGAUUAUGUGUCUUACGAGAUCGCAACGAUUUUUCAUUCGCAGGAUUCUCCGCGCAACGAUGAGAGCCUCGCGCGUUCGCGCGACGGAAGCUGGGACCGUCCUGUGAAGGGACUCGGUUCGAUAAUCGCGAACAGGAGAAGCAAGUUUUUCGAAUCUUCGCAAGUGUAACGCGUAGAGCGGAAAUUCCUCGGGGCAACUGCAACGAGAGUUUACAGGUUUCUUCCGGAACCCAAGACAAGAUUCAAACUCUACCGAGUCGCGUCGAGAAACACGACGGGGUGAAGACUUUAUCCGACGAUAUAGGUGGAAAGUUUCGCAGGAUACGCGGCACGCCGCCCGUCGAAAGUUUUGCCAUAAUCAUUUCCGCGCGUGUUAUCGUCUACCUAGUCGUUAUAUAGGAGAUACCACUUUGCGGAAGAUCGAUCGUAUGCACGAUCGGGCCGCAUCUUAUGGGAGAUCCGACCAAACUGCCAGCCGUCGCGCUAAUUCAUUCCCCUUUCGGUUGAACUCGCGGCGAACGAAUUGAUAUCUCAAACUAACCGUGAAUAAGUAUCGGCUCUCAUUUCCCUUUGAAAACCUUUGGACGCGACUGUGAACUGUGUGUGUUAAUUAACGUGUAAGGAUCAGAAAGAGACGAGUGAUAAGACGCCUCCUGGUCAGUGCCAUGUCAGUGAAUGGUGGUAAUAGCGAUCACGGGUGGAAGAUGUGAAUGAUUUUAGUAAUUCAAGUGUAAACGUCUCUCAAAGAUAUAGUCGCGGAAAUGGCUCUGAGAUGGCAAGCGAGGCUCUCGAUUGCUGCCAUACUCUUUAUGUGCACAGAAGAUACGCUGAGUCUAGGAGAUCGGACGAUAGAUAACAUAGACAGACAUGCGAUUCAAACCAGACCACGACAACAAUUGCUGGAUCAUUCUCCCGAGGUGAAAGCGAAACUGGAACCCACCUUCGACUUCUCGCAGAAUACUAACGUGACAGCUCUGAUUGGAAAAACAGCAUAUCUCACAUGCCGAGUUCGCAAUUUGGGCGACAAAACCGUAUCCUGGGUCAGGCACAGAGAUAUCCAUAUUCUAACGGCAGGAGCAUACACAUAUACGAGCGACCAGCGAUUUCAAGCGCUACAUAAACAAAACACGGGUCACGAAUGGUCCGAGUGGACUCUCUGCAUAAAAUGGGCGCAAAAGCGAGACCAGGGAAUCUACGAAUGUCAGAUUUCCACCGCACCUAUGAAGUCGUAUCAGUUUCAUUUAAACGUCGUUGUACCUACGGCGACGAUACUGGGCGGACCCGAGCUGUACGUCGGUGCUGGCAGCACGAUAAACCUGACAUGCACCAUACACUUUAGCUCGGAGCCACCAGUCUACAUCUUCUGGUACUACAAUGAGAACGCCCUGAGCUACGACAGUCCCAGGGGCGGCGUCUCGGUGAUAACCGAGAAGGGUGGCGACGUCACCACUUCCUGGCUCCUUAUUCAGACGGCGCAACCCUCGGACUCCGGGGAGUACAGCUGCAAGCCCAGCAACGCCAAUACGGCGUCCAUCAGGGUUCAUGUCCUAAAUGGCGAGCGACCGGAAGCGAUGCAGACCGGGACUGCGGGACCGAUACUGUCCUCGAGUUGUCUAUUGGUGUCCCUCAUCAUUUUGUACAUAUCCUCGGUGUAAAUGGAAACGGAAAUGGCGCCACGACUCGGAGUUUACAUCCGUCGCGGUACGUUCCUCAUGCGUUUACGCGAAUGCAUUUCCACGUAAUUCCAUCUAAUAGAUGUGAUCGCGGGACGAUACUGCAUUUUUUUGUAUGGGAUAUAAAAAGAUUCCGAAAGAAAUUAAGACAGCGUGUGUUUAGUUGAUACGUUGCAUGUAAUUCGCCAUGAUUUUAUAAAGGAGAAAAGAAUGCUGCCAAUAAAAACUGCCAAUGAAAAAAGUUGCAAUUUUCUCCCCGUAAAUUAACAGUUUUCAAUUAACUGGGAUUAUUGCACCUCUUAUAAAAGCAUCGUGAAUUACAAUGUAUUAGCGAUACGUCAGAUUACAAGAUGUAUAUAUAUAUACCGUAAAGCAAGGAUGCGCGAAACAUAAAAGCGCCCACGCGAAUCUAUUCCUUCUCUUUUCUGAUCUCAAAAGGGAUACACAUCGAGUUACUGCCGAACUGAUUGGUUUCUUCCUGUCGGAGGGGAAACGCUAUUUUCUCCAUACACCAUUAAUUAAUAACAAUCUCGUGCCGAUGUGCAUCAGAAAUCAAAAUGGAGAAUGCAGGAAUGUAUGUACUUAUGUCGCACGCAUUUCGGCCGGCCGCGAUGGAAUUGUGCGCAUUAUCGAUGGAAGAAGUGUGUGUGUGUGUGUGUGUGUGUGUGUGUGUGUGUGUGUAUGCGUGUGUAUAAUUUUGGGUGAAAAGGCAUUUAGCUAAGUAAAUGUCGAUGCUAAUGCCGAAAGCGCGGGCGGUUCGUGGCAAAUCCGACGUGUAAAAAGUCUCCUUCCUUUCGAAAGGAAGAAAAAAGGGUCUUCCGCUUGACCGUCUCUUGAUAAUCUAGGUAAUCCGCAUCGGGAGAAACCGAUUUACGAGAAACGUAAAGGCGAGAAGCAAUUGCCUUUACGGUACGUUUUACGAGCGGUCGAAUCUUGGGAAUGCAUGCUACGUGGAUUCAAUGGAAAAUAAAACGUGACUGGAGUGCUCAAUCCGACAAUUUUUCAUAUUUCAUAAAAUUGCCGUGCGAUAAUCGGUGCGAUAUUCAUAUACUUUCUAUAUCAUUCUUAGAUGAUGCUUCCCGCAAUUAUAUUUUAAUUUUUUUUGUAUCAUUCGCCGAAUUAUCUCUGCACGACGUUUUCUCUGCAAUUAUAGUUUUAUCAUAAUUAAACAUGUCUCGGAAUUUCGGCACUCCUUAAAAAAAAUUCCUGCUUUAUAGUGUCUUAAAUAACCGCCCUAAAAUAAGGUUCUUUUUACAUUAAUGAAUAAUAUCGUUAUACAAUCAAUUUUAUGACAUUUGUAGACAAGUUUUUGUGGUCAACCUGAUAUUUAAGUUUUCAAUUUUUCCUACUACCA